GGUCCUCCCUCGCUGGGGAGCGUCUCCGGCCCGCCCGCGGGCUCCGCUCUCGCUGCGUAGGGCCCAUCCCGGGCUUGACGGGUCCCGCAGCCAUGGGGUGCUGGGGUCGGAACCGGGCCCGGCUGCUGUGCAUGCUGUCGCUGACCUUCAUGUUCAUGGUGCUGGAGGUGGUGGUGAGCCGGCUGACCUCGUCGCUGGCGAUGCUCUCGGACUCGUUCCACAUGCUGUCCGACGUGCUGGCCCUCAUCGUGGCCUUGGUGGCGGAGCGCUUCGCCCGGCGGACCCAGUCCACCCAGAAGAACACGUUCGGCUGGAUCCGGGCCGAGGUGAUGGGCGCCCUGGUGAACGCCAUCUUCCUGACCGGCCUCUGCUUCGCCAUCCUGCUGGAGGCCAUCGAGCGCUUCAUCGAGCCCCACGAGAUGCAGCAGCCGCUGGUGGUCCUCGGGGUCGGCGUGGCCGGGCUCGUGGUCAACCUGCUGGGGCUCUGCCUCUUCCACCACCACAGCGGCUUCGGGGACGGGGGCGGGCCCGGCGGGGGCGGCCACGGCCACUCCCACGGGGGGCACGGUCACAGCCACAGCCUCACCAAGGGGGUCCGGGGCAAGAGCAGCCGCAGCGGGGGCAACAACAGCAACGUGACGGAAAGCGAGCGGGCCGCCGACCGGGAGGAGACCAACAACUUGGUCGUCAACAGCAGCAACUCGAACGGAAUGAAGCUGGACCGAGCAGAGGAACAAGCCAGAGAUCGUUCAAUGGAUGUCCAAGUUAAUGGGAAUCUUAUUGGUGAUGAUUCAGACAAUUUAGAUUCCGAAGACGAAGAUAAUAGUGGACAACUUAACAUGCGUGGAGUUUUUCUGCAUGUCUUUGGAGAUGCCUUGGGUUCAGUAAUUGUAGUGAUAAAUGCCUUGGUCUUUUUCUUUUCUUGGAAAUCUUGUUCUGAUGGAAUCUGUAAGAACCCAUGUAUUGCUGAGCCCUGCCAGGCAUUUGUAGGUCUAAUUAAUAGUACUGAACCAGUAGAAGAGGCUGGUCCUUGCUGGGUGCUAUAUUUAGAUCCAACUCUUUGUCUUGUGAUGGUUGGCAUACUUCUUUACACCACUUAUCCGUUACUUAAAGAAUCUGCCCUUAUCCUCUUGCAAACUGUACCUAAACAAGUAGAUAUCAGAAAUUUGAAAAUAGAACUUCGAAAUGUUGAAGGAGUCGAAGAAGUUCAUGAAUUGCAUGUUUGGCAGCUUGCUGGAAGCAGAAUCAUCGCCACUGCUCAUAUAAAAUGUCACGACCCUGCAUCCUACAUGGAGGUGGCUAAAACAAUUAAAGACGUUUUUCACAAUCACGGAAUCCAUGCCACUACCAUUCAGCCUGAAUUUGCUAGUGUAGGUGCUAAAUCAAGUGUUACCCCAUGCGAGCUUGCCUGUAGAACUCAGUGUGCUUUGAAGCAAUGUUGUGGGACCUCACAAAAAACCAAUUCUGGAAGGGAAAUAGAAAGGAGUUCUGCAGUUAGCAUUUCUUGUUUAGAACUUAGUGACAAUUUAGAGAAGCAGCCCAGGAGGACUAAAAUUGAUAGUAUACCUGCUGUUAUGAUAGAUAUAAAGAAGAUGCCAAACAAGCAACCAGAAUCAUCUAUGUAAGUUUUCAACACAUGUGAUGUUCAGCUUGUUUUCAUCUGCAAGAGGAAGAGACUCUCCAUUGAAAUCUUAAGUUGCCAAGUAGUAUAAUUGCUGAAGUCUUUGUUUUGGUCACACUGUUUAAUUCUAUUUUUGUAAGAACAUAAUGGAAUUGCAUAACACAAAGUUUUAUAUUACAACUUUGUGAUUAUCAGUGCACAGUACAGCUAUGCUGUAACAAUUUUGGAAAGCCAGUUUUAACACUAUGUUACAUUUUUUGUUAAAAGUAAGUAUAAACCUUGUAUAACAUAAUGAUAUUUUUUAUUUUAGUUUUCCCAUAGCAAAACUUAAUUGGGGAUAAAUAAAUUAAAAUUAAUUUGUUACUAGAACUUCUCUGCUUUGUCUUUCCCCUCACCCAAUAUUUUACUUUUAUUUGAGAUUUCUUGAUGAAACUUGAAAUAGUAUUUUUUUUUGUUUCCUUAGUUUAGAUUACAUUUCCCUUUCCCCUUUUGAAAUUAUUACAUAGCAUAAUGGUAGCAUUUUUUUUUAAACCGACUCAUGGAUGUUAAUGGGAAAAGUUAUUCCAUUUUUUUUUCCAUGUGGAGCAAUUUUGUCAUUUUACCAAGAAAAAGAUCAAUUACUAUCUUGUAUUAAGUCCUCUUCUUUAUUGCUGAGUAUUAUUCCAGUUGAAAUGUGAGACAAUUAAUGAGAAACUGCAUUUUGUACACAUAAUAGAGUGUUUGAAGAAGAAUAUAGAAGUUCAGCCAACUGAACAUCAUUUAGAUUCUUUUAUAACUUGUUAAUGUUUGGAAGAACAUUUGAAUUGUUUAAAAACUUUCAAUACAUGCAUAAAACACUUGUCUUUCAAAAAAUUAUGAAUAUGUACAUUACAUAGAGGCGUUCACCAGCAUUGCUUAUGUUUGAAAGAAGAUUGGUCUCCAUUAGUAAUACUGAAGGCUCAAAAGUUUACUCACAAAGUAUCUAUGUAUAUAAUUUAACUCUUUAAUAGGUGUUUCUAAGAUGCUAUUCUCUCAAGUUAUUUCAUGGCAUCUAUCCCCAAAUAGAUUUAGAAGAAAGUCGAGUUUUACAAACAGUGUUUUUGUUUCUCUGUGAGCCACUUACUAGGGAGAAAAAAAUAAUUGGAAGAUUAAUAUCACUUGAGUAUUAAGUCCUUUAAAAAUUAAAUUUAUAAUUAAGGCUGGACUUCUCACUUCUAUAAUGUCUUGUCAUCGCUCAGGUCUUCCAACAGUGACUUAUUUUGAAUAUAUACUGUAACACCUACAUGUGAGUUGACUGAACUAUGACUGAAAUUGCUUUUAACUGUUUUCUUUUUGCUGUUCCUUUUUAAGUACAGUUACUUAAACAGUAUUUAAGAAGUUUAAAAAAAUUGUCUUGCUUGGAAGAAUCAUUAUCCUUUUUUAUUUUGUAGAUUUUUUUGUCUAAUGAGACUAAUAUUGGUGGACAUCAGUUAUCAUACAUAGAACUAUUUUGCCAAGAGCAUAGUGUCCUGACUACUUCAGUUGUUUUUAUAGAUGACUACUUCUGGAAAUGGCUUAUCUUUUUGAAUUAGAAAACAAUUCACUAUUUAAAUGCAAAGUUUAAGAUAAAGAUAUUAAAAAAAACUGGAAUUAGAAAUUUCUUUUUUAGUGUAUAAUUCUUGUAGUAGCAGGCAUAGGUUUUCCCCUUCUAAUGUAUGCCUGUUGCUGGCAAUGGGCUUAUUAUUUUUUAAAUAGGCCAUGUUAAUGGACAGCAUAUAUUUCAUUAUGAAUGAGAAUGAUUUGUGCUUGGAUAACAAUGGGAACACAGUUUAUAAAUUCGGGUUUGCUAAAAUGGGCCAAAACUGUAACCUGCCAAUUGGGGUCUCUUAAUAUUAUUUUGCUAAUAUAUCACCCUCAUAAUUCAAUUGAUAAUUCCUAAACUAAUAGGUAUCUUUAAAUUUUGUGCAAAUUUGAAUCUUUUUAAUAUAAAAUGGGGGAAUCUCAUUAUGUGGGUAAACAAGAAGAAAGCUGCUAAUUGUACCAUUAUCAUGUGCAUUCCUGAUUUAACAUUUUAAAGUAUGGAAUAUUUUAUUAAGGUAUUUCAAAGCCGAGUUUAUAUUUUGUAAACAUUUCAGUAAUGAUACAAAAAGAUAACUGGUAAAAUAUCUUAACAUCGAAGAAGGGUUCUCUGAACAAAUGCACUAUAAUGGGGUCUGUUUCCUAAAGAAUUGAGGUUUUUUAAAAAUAUAAGCACAGGAUAAGGGCUAUGUUUUUCUCAAAAGUACUAUAAAAGUAACGUGUAGGUGUAGUUAUCUGGUUUUUCAUAACUUGUUUUAAAGUAGUUUAUAUCCAUGCAUAAAGUGGUACCCUAGUGUAUUCUUCUCAAAGUAAUUUGUUAUUUAAUAGCAAAAGCAGUGGGCACUGACUCACUUUUUGAGUUUUAACAGAGAAACAGUGUUUCUCUCUACAAUGCACUUUCUAACCCAUGUUUUACUAUAUAAAAAGUUACGUUGAAAACCUGAUUUUGUUUUGUUUUGGUUUGGUUUGGGUUUGUAUUUAAAAUUCCUAGAAUUUGAAUUCCUUUUGCCUUUAUGAAAGGAAAUGGGGGGGAGAUCCUCCCUCAAAUUCUUCGGGCACUUGAGCCCAAUAUUUAAAGAAAGAAAACCCAUUUUGUAUUUCUGCACCAGUUCUUUCCCCUCACAGCUUUUUAAGCUGGCUUUUCCUUUGUGAGUAAGAUCAGUGAGUUUAUCAUAUGGACGCUUACAAUUUCGUCUGUUGUCCAUCUUGUAGGAAAAGGAGGCACCUUAUGUGCCAGAAUUAAAACCAAUCUAGAAAAUUUUUUUUCCAAGCCAAAUGCAGCCUUAAGGGAGAGUAGGUUCUCCAUUGUGACAUUUUAGCUUGUGUGAUUGUUGAAUUAGUGGGUUUGGAGUGCACAUCUGCAUUAAAAAAAGAUAUGAAUUAGAAAAACUAUUUUUACUCAGUGUAUUUGAAUCUUUUUUUUUUGAGGCGGGGAAUGCCAUAUUUCUGAGGCAAGCCAUUUGAGUAGGAAUUUUUUUUUUCCAUCAAGUACCCCAUUGAAAAUCACUGUCAGAGAAAGGGUACUGUAUUGUAAGGAAAAUUUUUUGUUAGCUUGCCAUUAUAAUUUUUGAAGAACUUCUUUUUAAAUUAAUGUUCAUAUAUUUGUUUUUCUAAAAUCAGAAACUUAAACACUAAAGGAAAUAACAAGGAUAUAACAUGAAAAUACUUAAAGUGCUAUGACUGUUGGGUUGAAGAUUUAUUUGAAUGCCAAUACUUUGUUUUUUAAGAAAGCUAUAGAUGUCACGUCUUCACCUUUUGUCUUAAUGUCUUCACAAAGAGUAUGAAGAAACAAAUGUGGAGAGUAACUUGGUUGAUGUGCUGAAGCUCUUCAAACCGUAUAGAAGUACUGACUUAAUACUGAGUUUCAGUGUAAUGGUGAAUCACAAAACAGUGUUCAAAUUUGGCAAAGUAACAGAAGAAACUUUCCCUCUCUCCUUUUUUCUGUUUAAGAUUAGACCUGAGUCAACCUUUUUAUUUGACCAUCUCUGAAAAAGAGUUAAAUAGCAUCAUCGUGAUGUAGCUUUACAAACCUUAUGUGGAACUGCAAUUUCAUUUUCCUGACAAAACCUGGAAUAUCUUAGCAAUCAUUUUCACUGGCAAAGGGCCUCUUGCGUGUCCUACAAUUUAAACCUUUAAACCAAAAAUUUUAUGGUCCGGUGUCUUUGACAAAAAGAUACUGAAGGGAAUGUAGCAUACAAUUAGUAUAUGUGGUUGUAUAUGAGAAGUCUUGCUCAAGACUCAGAAAUGGCCAUGUUAUCAUUCUGCCUUGAAACAGCACAAUGAAAGUGCAUCAGUGUAUGCUGUGAUUCUUUAUGGAAUUUUCAUAAUGUCAUUUUAGUGUCUGCUAUUGCCAGCUAUUUAGGCAGAUUGUGGUGCAGUUUUAUGCAGUUGUCAUCUCACUAAAUGCAGAUACAAAUAUAUUUUCUGUGUAAAGUUUUACCGAUUUUGGUGUGGUUUUUUUUUAUAUGUUUUAUGACUGUACAUUGUUUUCCAAAGCUGUUUCUACCUCAUCAUGAGGCUUUAUGGAUUGUUAUGUAUUAUACAUGUUCUAUAUGAGACAGGCUACUGUGUUUUCCCCUCUCUUCUCAUUUAUUAAAAGUAGAAAAAUAAACUAAUUUUUACAUA